AUGCGGCCGUGCCCGAAGCACACAAAACACACAUGCAAGGUGGAGGUAUGGCAGUGCGAUCAUCAGGUGCUGCACCCCACCUGGAGAACUGCACGGACAACAGGCAAGCAACGCAGAAGACUUCCAACGAGUGCAGUGGCGGUGCUCAGACUCCACCCAAAGGAACACGAAACCCCUCCACAUGAGACAAGCCAAAACAAAAAAUGUAUUACCCGGGAAGUACGGCAGGGAGAGGCAUCAUCCAUGCGCAUAAUAUGGGAAAAUCUGCGUUGUCCAGGUAAUCGUGAGCCCACCAUCACGAAUAUUUAA